AUGUAUAAUCUAGUGUCGUUUCCUGAACCAGCCGUCCAUUCCAAAGACAUUGAAAAUGAAGUUUCGAGUCAAAAUAAUAGCUGCGAUAUUCAGAACAAAUCUAGCAAUAGAACGAAGGAAAGAAGAACGCCCGGCACUUUGCCACAGACCGACUUUCCAAAAGGAGCUCGAGGCUUGCUUAUGAAGUUAUUGGAGACAAAUCCACAGUAUCGGCUAAAAUCGUUGAGGCAACUGCAACAGACAGCUUUUUAUAUGGGCUUCAACUUCGACGAAGUUAGGGCUAAGAGGAUUUUACCGAAAUCUAUACUUCAGCAAUAUCAAGACGACAGUCAGACUUCAAUAAUUGCGGAUGAUAAGUGUUUGGCAAACAUGUUUUCCACAUUCGAUCAAAAUAUAGAUCUGUGA